AUGUGGUUCAUACUGAUCGUUUCGAAAUUUUUUAUUACUGCCAUUGUUGCUAAAUAUGCUGUUGGUCAAAACUUGAUCAAAUUUAAUGAGAAAACUUUAAAUAAGUUACGAUUAACACCAUCACGUCUCUCAACAUCGGUGUCUUACAUUGAUUUAGAGUUAUUAAAUGAAUAUCAAUGUGCUAUUGAAUGUAUCAAAGAUCAAUCAAUAUGUACAGGUUUCAAUUAUGUUGCGAUCAAUAAAACAUGUUCUUUAUAUGACGAUUUAACUAAAGUUCUUGAUAAAGAUAUAAUUGCUGCACGGAAACAAGUUGAACAGAAUGUUUGUGACAGAGUGAAAUGCAAACCGGGUGCUAUUUGCAUUGGUUAUAAUCAUGAGAAAAAAGAAAUAGCAACUUGCGUAUGCUUAAAUGGACAAUUGACACCUGAUGAUUGUGAUAAAAUAGAAACUGGUAUAUGGACUGGUUAUAAUGAUUGGUCUAUAUGUAGUGUAACAUGUGGUGAAGGCUACCACUUUCGUAAACGCGAAUGUUUAUCAUCUAAAGAUAUAACUCAAAAAAUACCAACCGAUAAUUGUAUUGGUACUGACAUAGAAAUACAACCCUGCAAUAUAAAGACUUGUCCAGUCUAUGGCCCAUGGACACCAUGGACACCAUGUUCAAAAUUCUGUGGUAUUGGUAAUAAGGAACGUAGUCGCUCAUGCAUCCCAGCUAAUUCAAACUGUGGAAAUUAUACACAUGAACAAAGAGCUUGUGGUGUAGCAAAUUGUCAACGUGUUGCUGGUAUUAAAGAAACUGAACCAGAAAAAUAUUCAUUGAAAGGAUACUUAGCCAUUCGUGAGGGUGAUAUUUUAUGUGUACCACAGAACAGUACUGAAAUGGCGAAGCACAUGGCUGAUUUAGUUUGCAAAUCAAUCGGUCUUCCACGUGGUGCAGAGUACGCAAUUUUAAAUCCUAUUCUACGUAAUUCUACCUGUUAUCCGGGUAUAUUAUGUAAUGGAAAAGAAACUGAUUUGUAUCAGUGUAAAUAUGAUCCAACACAAACCUCCCAUAAUCUUAGUAAACUAGUUGCUAUUGUUGCCAGAUGUAUUGUCGAUGGUGGUUUUUCACCAUGGACCGAUUGGACACCAUGUACAAAGUCUUGUGGUAUUGGCGAGACAACACGUUAUCGAACUUGCACUAAUCCAGCUGCAUCAAUACCUGAGCUUGAAACUAUGAUUGGUAAUGUUUCACUAGCCGGAAGGAAUUGCACUGGUGAAUAUACACAAGUAAAAACUUGUAAUGAACAGAUAUGCUAA